UUUCCUGAUGACAUUGAGCAUGAUGCAAAAAAUGAGGAAGAAAGUCCAUUGUUUGAAACCAUUCGGAGCAAAUGCAUCACACAAUUGUUACUUCUAGGUGCCAUUGAUAGUAUCCAGAAGAAAUACUGGAACAAGUUGAAUGCACCACAAAAGAUUAGCAUAAUGGACAUUUUGUUCUCUGUAUUAGAGUUUGCUGCAACAUAUAAUUCAUAUACCAACCUCAGAUUGCGAAUGCACUCCAUUCCUGUUGAAAGGCCACCGUUGAAUCUUCUCCGCCAGGAAAUAGUUGGGACUUGUGUUUAUUUGGAUGUCUUACAGAAAACAACUGCAGGAGUUGAUCCCUGCAGAGAGGACUCACUUCAAACAAAUGUUCCACGGGAUGUAGAUAAUGCAACUCUCACUGAACAUAAUGAAGACCAAAAGCUUCAAGGAAUAGCAGAAGAAAAACUAGUAUCUUUUUGUGGGCAGAUACUGAGGGAGGCAUCUGAUUUUCAGUUCAGUGUGGGGGAGACAACUAAUAUGGAUAUACAUCGAGUUCUAGAAUUGCGCUCUCCAAUCAUUGUUAAGGUAUGA